GUUUAUCAAACAAUCUCCUGCUAGGUUGCAAAGGUUUAAAAAAUGUGUCUUAGAUGAAAAAAUCAACACAAAAAAGGGAUUGUGCCUUGAUGUGCCUACUAGGUGGAACUCCACCUAUUUGAUGUUGAAUGCUGCUAUUGAGCUUCAAGAUGCUUUUGAGAGGUAUUCUGGGGAAGACCCUCACUAUGUAGUUGAUUUGAAUGAGAGGGAUGGUAAGGGUAGCCCAGAUUCUGAUGAUUGGAAUAAUGUAAGAAGACUUUCUGAAUUUCUACAAGCCUUUUAUGAUCUAACCUUGCAUGUCUAUGGCUCUUUAUAUGUCAGUUUGAAUUUGUUUUUUCAUGAAUUGGUGAGUGUUGCUGUACUUAUGAAAGAUUUGGUUUCAAGUGAUGAUGUGGAUAUGUGUCUUAUGGCUUGUAGAAUGAAAGAAAAAUAUGAAAAGUAUUGGGGUGAUCCCGAAAAAAUAAACCUCCUGAUUUUUAUUGUCGUUGUCCUUGAUCCUCGUUAUAAGCUUGAUUAUGUUGAGUGGAUGAUAACUGAAAUUUAUGACCCUAUUGUUGCAUCAAAGUUAGUUGAUAAUGUGAAGGUAGCUUUGAAUGCUUUGUAUGAGGAGUAUCGUGUUUCUUCUGGUAAUGAUGUGAAUAGGGAGGAAGUGUCUUCAAGUAAGGAUGGCAAAACUCCAUUGAGUCCCAAACAUAAAAAGAUUGAAGUCUUAAAGAUUAAGUAUAAGAAACACAAGUGUGAGAGAGAUGGAGAUGCAAAAAUAGAGUUAGACAAAUAUUUGGAGGAGGAUACAGCGGAGGAUAUUGAUGAAUUUGACAUUUUGAGCUGGUGGAAGUUCAAUUGUUCAAGGUUUCCUACUGUGGGGAGAAUUGCCCGUGAUGUUCUUGAUGUCCCUGUUUCGACAGUAGCUUCUGAGAGUGCAUUCAGCACUGGGGGCAGGGUUCUAGAUCAGUUUAGGAGCUCAUUAACUCCUCGAGUUGUAGAAGGUCUUGUUUGUGCUCAAAAUUGGUUACGUGCUUCACCAUUUCCAAGUAUUGAAGAAUGUUUAGAGGAAGUUGAGCUUCUUGAAGAGGACUUGAAGAAUAUGGCAGUUGGUGAUGCUGAUAUUGAUGAAGUGCUUGAAAUAAUAGACUGAUGUGGCUCUUUGCUCAUUGCUGACUUGCUGUUGCCACUUGCCAGACUUGCUACUGCCUUGCUCUAUCACUGCUACUGCCUUAGUCUAUGCUGCUGAGUGCUGACCUGCUUUUGC